GUCGAAGGCAGGUAGCAGCAGCACGCAUCGGGCAAGGACCUGGUGUACGACGAGGACGAGCCGCUGAAGGCCCACGUAUUUUCCGGCACGAGGCAAGUGGUGGGCUACCCCGGCCCGCCCCCUCCCAUCGGCCAAGCUGGCGAGCGCCUUAGCCGCCGGUAUGAACCCCUACCCCCACCACCCGUCGCUGGCGGGUAGCCCGCACCACCCGCCCGGCGAGCCCCACCACGGCUACGGCUCAUCGACGAGCGGCAACGGGACGGCUUCGACCCCUGACCCGAGUCCCCACUCGCCCCCGUACGGCGCGGGCCCACAGGACGGGCCCCAGGGCUACCCGGGCCACCAGCAGGCCCAGGCGAUGCCGAGCAACGGCCAUCAUCACGCAGCCGCCCAGGCGAUGAUGCAGCAGGCCCAGGACCAGCCACAUCACCGGCCCUAUCAGCACCCCCACCUACCCGGCCACAUGACCGGCUACCCGCCCGUCAACCACAACAACAACUGCACCCUCAAGCAGGAAGGCGGCACGGGAAUGGCCACGAGUAUCCAGCAGUGCGCGGGCUGCGGAAAUAGAAUAGUGGACAGAUGGCUGUUACACGCACUGGAGCGUUAUUGGCACAACAGUUGUCUCAAGUGUACGUCUUGCGGUACGGCCCUCGCGGAGGUUGGGUCAUCGUGCUACAGCAAGGCCAACAUGAUCCUCUGCAAAGCCGACUACACGAGGAUGUUCGGCAGCUCAGGUGCCUGCGCAGCUUGUGGCCAAACGAUACCCGCGACCGAACUCGUCACGAGGGCGAGCGGCUCUGUCUUUCACACCAAGUGCUUUACCUGCACCAAGUGCGGCACGCAGCUCACGCAAGGCGACAGGUACUAUUUGCUGUCGGGUGCGGCCGUCUGCGAGACGGACUUCCACAAGAUGGUAAAGUCGUCGUCGGUGGCGGCAGCGGCGGCAGCCGCGGCGACGGGCAACGGCGGCAUGCCGACCAGGAAAGGCAAGGUAGGCCGGCCUCGAAGGCCCCGCGACUGAGGCGGCAACCCGGUUGGCCGCCCCAAGAAGGUCCCCACGGCGCCCACCGUCCCCGUCGUCGUCCCGGCACUCCAGCCGCAAAUCGACCUCGUGGAUGUGGCUGUCGGUGGUGAGACCUACUCGCCGCCGCCACCGGGUCAUUCACACUACCAGCAGCAGCAGC